UUAUUACAAAUCAAAAGCUCAACUUUCAGCUUUUUGUUUACUUUCACGACUGAUUUCAUGACUGAUUUCUAGGUUCCUUUUAAUUACCAACAUGUACAAUUUAAAAAGUUCUAGAUUUAAUUGUGUUAGUGCCAUUUCAUUACCUGUUUUAUGUGUUCUCUUUGUCAUCCUUCUCGAAAAGGUUCCUUCCCUGGAAGCUCAUAUCGGUCAACCUUGUGCAUUAUUUGAUCUUUGUUGGCCUCCCAAUAUUCACAUUUAUUGUGAUGAUGAUAAAAUUUGUCGGUGUAGACCAGAAACUCCUGUAAUUGUUGGUCCUCAUCAAUGUAAACGUAAUAAAUCUCAUGGUGAUAAAUGUUCAUCUGACCAAGAAUGUAUCUAUUCAGAUAACUAUUCUUUCUGUGAAUCCAAUCUGUGUAAUUGUAUUGCCAAUUACACUUAUGAUCCCUACCUGAUGAAGUGUAUGCACUUUUCAAUCUCACAAAGGUCAAGUUUCAAUGUUCUAUACACCAUGUUAUCAUCGGCUGCCUUAUGGUUUAUCCUGCUUUUCAUUGGUCUUCUCAUUAGUAUUCCCUGUUGUUUAGCCUUUUUGUACCAUUGUGUUUGUUAUGAAAAGUCAAAUGGAGAAAUGGAUUCAUCUAUAUGCCAAGAUACAAACACUCAGAUGAGACUUGCUGAAAAUGGGGCAAAUACAUUGAACAGAGAAGGAAGAGAAUCAACUAGAAAUAUGAGAAAUGGUAUAGAAGGAGGAGGAAGUGGAGAUGCAGCUCGAAUUUCAUCUCGUCAUAAUGAAUUAUCUUCUCAUAAAUCUUACGAAAUGAGUUGUUUUGAUGAACCACCUCCUUCCUAUGAUGAAGCUUGUAAACAAUGUCGACCAGCACCAAAUUUAUCCAAUCAACAACAACAUAAUACAAGUUUACCCGAUGGUUCCUCUAAAUGAUAAAUCUCUCUUAAUCUAUACAUAUAAAUCCAAUUCUAUAUCCACCGUGCCAAAUAAUAUCAUUCUAAUGAAUACCAUUGAUAAGAAAAUGUAACUACUAAUUAAUCGACCCAAGAAUCAUGUACAUGGAUUUUUCAACUUAAUUUAUAUUUAUGGAAGUGACUGUAUAAUAAGCCAAGGUAAUUGUUUCAUCUAAAUACCACAUCAAGGACCAAUUCGGAUUGACCACAGUUUCCAAAAGAUUCGAGGAUAUUGCUGAUAAUCAAUUCAACCAUAAAUCAAUAUGAAUUGUAUCUGAUUCUUCAACCAUGUCAGCAAUUAAGAUCCAGUUUACAAAAUGCUCUAAAUUUUGUCUUUACCCAAUUGUCGACCUUGUGAUCUUUGGUACAUUGAUCUAUCAGAUGGAAAUAUUUACCUGAAGCUGAUUGUGCUACAUUCAAGCCAAUUGAUGACAAACUCAAGAGGCAUAAUAAUUAUGACGACAAAAAAAACAAUUAAAAACAUCAACUGACGAUGGGAACAGGAAAUAACAAUGGUUAUGUCAAUAAUUGAAAGCUUUUCAUAGUCAAUGGAAAAAGUAAAUUGAAAAAGCUAUAAAAAUGAAAACAUAUUCAAUUGUUUUUUGAUUGUUCAUCAGAAAUCAUCGACGAGGACAUUUCACUUGAUUGUCGAACACAAAUUUUAUUAUAAUUCUGGAAUCUGAAGUUAUGCCCACAAUCAAUUGGUCAACCAUUUACAGCCACUGGAAGCACAAUCAAUUAAAUUUACACCAGUCAAAUUAAAUUGUUAAUGACGAAAAGCAAGAAAAUGGAUCAAACCUCUUAAAAGUCUCAUACCUAAGCCCCAACCCCACAAAUGGUUUGACCAUUGGUCAAGAAAAUGAAGUGAAAGUAAAGAAACAAACAAAUCUUCUGGUUAAUCAGUGAGAUCUAGAAGAUGUCGUUCAAAACAAUUUGAUCUCAUUAGUGCAAAUCAAUGCAAUUUAAACCUAAAAAAACUAUUAACUUAUUUAAAUUUCAUUUCAUUUUACUUUGGUCAUUUAAUGGAUCAUAAAAACAAAUCAAGAGCUUUUUAAUCAGAUCAAAAAAGCAAUACAUUCAUUUUUAUGCUCUGUCAUCUCAACUUAAUUAACUAGACUUAAAUUUAAAUUGUGUUGCCACCUUUUAAUUGUUUUACAUAUUUUGUAAUGUUUUUUUUAAUCCAAUUCCAAACAAUUAAUAGCAAUCAAUAAACCUGUUAAUGAAUCUAUAAAA